GCGUCAGCAGUGCACACCUGUGUAUCACGUCACUUCUAUGCCGAGCAGCAGGCGCGUCUCCACUGUCCGCUCCCGGGGUCGCGGUGAAGGGUUGCUGGACCUGCAGAGUUUCCUCUCGGCAGCCGAGGACCAGGGAUUCUACCGCAUCCGUCUCAACAAAGACCCGGGACUCCAGACCCAGGACUGGCUGGGUUCCUCUGAGCAGAACGCCAUCCCUCUGCUUCCCUGGCUGUUGGAUAACACUUUUUAUUCGGUUUUUUUUUUUGCUCCCGUAUUUGUACGUAAUUUUGCAGGGCGGAGACGAACGAUUUUAACAAAAUCAUAGCCAUUUAUAUUCUAGGCUUGAACGGCAGAAGUGAACGGCCAAGCUGAAAGGCGAAAUGCCGUAUACACGGAGGAUUUAAGAAACUUUUUAUAUACCGAAAGGAAAAGUAAUGGAUCUCAUCCGGCAUGAUAUUUGGUGAGAAAGGGCUGUUGCGUAGACUCAUCAACUGCAAGCCAGAAGUAAUGCUCCACUUUUUAAAACCCCACGUGCAUUGAGUUGUUUUUGUAAGAAGUGCAAAAAAAAAUUAUGCUGAAAGACAUUUACAGCACAGCACCGACGUGGAUCCUAAUCUGAUCUGCUUGGCUGCAUUGUUUCGGGUCUGUUUGCCGUAACUUGAACGCUGAUUGAAAAUAUAAUAUACAUAUAGGAUCCGGACUGUCUCGAUCAGUCUGUCGGCGUCCUGUCUUGGUAGCAUAGACGUGGCUGGAGAUCAUGAGGAAUACCGAUGAGACGGAUGGCUUUGAUGGCGAGGCCUCCAACACGUCUAUGAUUUCGGGGGCUAGUAGCCCCUACCAGCCCACCACGGAGCCCGUGCGUUCGAGGAAUGUGCUGGCAGGCAUCAGGUGUGACAACGAGUAUCUGCGGUCCAACUUCGGCGUUUUGAAAAUCAUUGAAGUGGUGCUCGCUCUCAUUUCCUUCAUCUGCAUAGAGACCAUCAUGAUGUGCCUGCCUUGUGGGGGGGUCUACUUCUUCGAGUUUGUCAGCUGCAGUACCUUUGUGGUCACUGGUGUCCUCCUCCUGCUCUUCAGCCUCAACCUGCACACCAAGGUGACCCACAUCAACUGGAACCUCACGGACCUGCUCAACACUGGCAUCAGCACGUUCUCCUUCUUCCUGGCCUCCCUGGUUCUAGUGGCGCUGAAUCACACAAGCGGAGCGGAGAUCGCAGCGGGGAUAUUUGGCUUCCUGGCUACGGCGGUCUACGCCUUCAACACGGUCUUGGCGUUGAGGAGGCUGCGGCAAGGGGGGCGGCCGAGUGUGGGGCAGACGGGCGAUUACACGCGGGCCCGCACCACGUCCCGCGGGGAGGUGGAGUCGCAGCCUGAGCUGCACUGAGCGCCCGAAUCGCAGCCACGGAGCCGGCCGCACUGGAGAGACCCCCGUGUCUGACAUGCACUUCCCAGACCCCCAAGUUGGGGUUGAUACUCGACCCCAUUUUAGGGUUUCAUCUUCCAAGACCCACCUUGGCCUCUCCGUAACUGUAAGAGGUUGGCUCUCUGGAUCUUAAGUCACAGUUUCACAUGGAUGAAGGUAUAUUUCUUUGAGACUGCUUAUCACUAUGCCAUAUCAAUAACCUACUCAAAUACAUAUCUUUUGCUUUACAGUGCAACCUAGUUAUUUGACGGCACUAAGCCUAAGGAUUAAAGACCAUUUUCUAAUCAUAAAUCUAAUCCAAGGGUUACAAAGUGCUUCUCCAGACAAAGUAGGUUUCUUCUGGGCUGCUGUUGUGUUUGGUCUGUAGUAAGUCUGCACGAAGGAGCUCCUGUGCAGACCUUGGCUGAUGUUUAUCGGAGCUGUUUCUGGGUCCGCGAGCACACUCCCAGUUAGCAUUCUCAUUUGGAACAUUUUCAAAUGCUAAUAUGUCAAAUUCGGCGAAGGGCAAUCCACAGCUUCGUCAAAUGAAAUGAAAGUCUUUCUUAUUUAUGAAAUGCAAAAAUGCGUGAUGAGUAACUGGAGCUCUGGCGAUACCGUGCAGGAUGGAUCGGUAACUGCAGCCGCCUUUGAUUCUGGAUUCCAAGAGGCCGUGGCAGUGUGACCCUAUUUGCCUAUAAGUGAAAAUGCUACUUGGAUCCUAGUUCAUGAUGAGAUGUAUAAUUCGCAUUAUGGGAUCUUUAAGGGUUAAUUCUCUGAAGGAGUUCACUUACCGACAUCUUUACAUUGUGUCUGUAUGCAGCAUAAUGAUACCUGUUAAACUGCAGAGGUCACUCUGGACCACCAUCAUAUCUUCCAUGUGUAAACGUAACAUAUUUACAGUGCCCUGAAGAAAACGGAAAUGUGUGUUUGUGUAGCUAAUGUGGUUUUAACAAGACAUUGUUAUCUCUGAACCACACAUCCUGAUAAAGUCUCCAAGGGUAGCUUUAGAGAAAUUGCAAUGUCUCACCUCGAUCUCAUCUUUUUAGAAUUGUUUAGAACUAGCAAGUGUUCCUCCGCCACGUCAAUCACAAUAGUAGGACACGAUUCCAGUCUUGGAUGCUGGUACCGGGCUGUGGGAAGAAUAUUUGGGAAAGGUUUCCAUACCCACAUACCAGGGGUAUUUUUACUGGAUUAAGGGACUUAGGAAGUAGGGAGAGGUUUCUCAUUGGUGGGUUUGGUGUCUCCUGUUGCUGUGCUUGGGCCUAGUUGCCAUGUAUGGAGAAUUGUGGGAAAUCCAGCAUCAGGGAAGGCCUUAUUCAUGGAGUGAUCCAGCGUCACAACUGGGGAAUGUGAUGAGCUGGUCCUGUCUGUCCAGUCUCUCAGCCUAGAACCCCAGCCGACACUGGGACAUGGUUCUACUCAGAACAUGAGGGCUAUGCUUUGUAACAAUCUGUUUUUAAAUGCUUACUGUGAAAUCAAGCUUGUAGCCGUUAUCUUGCUGGGAUAUGAGGUGGGGUGGGAGGGUGUGUUUUAUGAUGGUAAGGAAGGGUGUUAUGAGAGUGGGGAAGCGUGACCAACCCUGGUUUUAAGACUGUUUCCGAAUGUUCCCCCUAGAAUUCUAUUUAUACACGUACGUUAAUUAUUUGUGUGUGAUUUUAUAAAGCUGGAGGAUAUGUCUUUAUUUUGGCUCAAUGAUUGACAAGUAGCUGAUCUAAGCCACUUGUUUAUGUGUGUUUGAUGAUGCCCUGAUGGAAGAUGUGUGUCCAUCACAAAUCGGUGCCUUUGGUGACGGAACCAGCACAAGUGAGACGCAACCAGUCCUAUUUAUGGCUUAACUUAUUGAUAUAGCGUGCAGUGUAUCUAAAACAGUGUGCUAAUUAGUUUGUGAGAAGACUAGGUCUACACUCCUUUGAAUUAAAUCACGUGUGGGAUGCAGUAAAUGCUGCAGAAGUUGCUGCCGUGAGUUGAGAAACACGGCACAUUUUUACUGGGAUAUGUCUGAGCUGCCGACCGUAAUGUUUAUUUUUGAAUCACGCCACUUCCACCUCCUCUAAAUGAACUGAACCUGAUCUCCGUUACUUCCACCCUUUUAAGAAUAAGCAAAUAAUAUGCCAGAUGGGACCAGUUGUCACCGUCGUCGUUAUGGUGACAAGGACAAUAGUUUAGAAACUGUUUUGUACGGAUGAUUUACUCCAGCAGCACAGUGAUGUCUCUUUUUUACUAAUAGAGUUUGCAUUAAACUUUUUUUUUUCUCCAUUCAGUAAUUUUUGCUUACACUACCCUCAGACCCGCUCCUUAUUUGUCCUACAAUAUUUCAGGCUGAAUACAUGGCCAUCCAAACAAUCCCUGCUGGAAUAUCACUGAUGUGUACACUAACUCACAAGACAAAGUCUUACAAGAUGACUUAAGGUAAAGUAUUAGCAGUGUAAUGUAAAAUUUAUAUAUAUGUUUUUUAUUUAUGUAACUUUACAAGCAUCACAGUACCUAAUUUUUUUAUUUUAUUUUUUACUUCCGGCCGAAUCAUCGUGCAUUGAUGUUUGACGUGCAUUCUUCUAGCUCACAAUAUUGCUUACCAUGUAUUCUGUCCAUCCAGUUUUAAUUUAUUUUAGUGAGUGUCCUCUAUGAAAUCAUUCAUUUUUGUAUGCAUUGCUAAUUGUAUUUGUAUAAUUCAAUGUAAAUUUAUCAGUGCUAAUUAGUAGGCUUACAACUGAUUAAAUUGUUCUGCUUCUUG